AUGGAGGGAGAGACUGCAAGGAAGAGGAAGACGCCCCAGGACACCCAGCUUCAUGAUGGGGAGAAUCCCCACAAGUGCUCAGACUGUGGGAAGAGCAUCAGGCAGAGCAGCACCCUGAUCAGCCACCAGAUGAUCCACACCGGGGAAUGGGCCUACGAGUGUGGGGAAUGUGGGAAGGGCUUCAGUUACAGGUCCACCCUUGUGACCCACCAAUGCAUCCACACCGGGGAGAGGCCCUAUGAGUGUCCCGAGUGCCAGAAGAGCUUUCGGACCAUCUCCGAUCUCCUCAGGCACCAGCUCAUUCUCACUGGGGAGAGGCCUUUCUGCUGCCCUGAGUGUGGGAAGGGCUUCAAGCUCAAGUCCCACCUCAUCAUCCACCAGCGCAUCCACACUGGGGAGAGGCCCUACGAGUGCCCAACAUGUGCGAAGAGGUUUCAGACCAGCUCAAAUCUCCGUCUCCAUGAGCGGAUUCACACAGAGGGGAGGCCCUUCCGCUGCCCUGACUGUGGGAAGGGCUUCAAGCAUAAGUUCACCCUCAUCAUCCACCGGCGCAUCCACACAGGGAAGAGGCCCUUCGAGUGUCCGCAGUGUGGACAGAGCUUUAGCCAGAGCUCAGAGCUGGUGGCCCAUGAGCAACUUCAUGACAGAGAGAGGCCCUAUGAGUGCUUGGAGUGUGGGAAGAACUUCAGGAAGAGAUUCAACCUGAUCUGCCACCAGAGGAUCCACACUGGGGAACGGCCCUACAAGUGCUUGGAAUGUGGGAUGAACUUCAGCCACAGAUCCGACCUGGUUGUCCACCAGAGGUUCCACACCGGGGAGAGGCCCUACGAGUGUCCCAAGUGUCAGAAGAGGUUUCACACCAGCACCCACCUCCUCGUACAUGAGCGCAUUCACACCGAGGAGACGCCCUUCUGCUGCCCCGACUGCAGGAUGGGCUUCAGGCACAACUCCACCCUCGUCACCCACCGGCGCAUCCACACCGGGGAGAGGCCCUACGAGUGUCCCCAGUGUGGGAAGAGCUUCUCAGACCGCUCGUUCUUUACCCGACACCAACAGAGGCACCGGUAAGGGCAGCCCUGUGAAUGCCCCAGCUGCAGGGGGAGCUUCAUGCACUGCUCCAGCUUCAUCCCCCAUGGG